UGUGUGUGUUUUUGUCAAAAACGGGGCUCGUUGUUUCAGUUUACACCAAGUAUUCGUUGAAUGAGGUUCAAUAUCCAGUGCUGUACCCUACAAUCGACAACAUUUUUUUCUUUCUCACUCAGAGAGAGAAGGACUGGAUCAAAAAUCGUAUUAUAUUCAACGAUUGCAAAACAGUCGUACACUACACUUUGUGCCCAUUGAAUAGUGAAUUUCCAUUCAUUUUUGCUACUUUUUGGGACCAUAGCCAAAGUUUCAGUGUGUGAGAGAGUGUGUGCUGUUUAGUUUACAAACAAACCAAACCACAAUUGCCAUCCUUUUAUAUUGAGCGUGCGCUGAAUACUAAGUGUUUGUGUUCGAUUUCAUUAUCAUAUCAAACAUUAACCCAUCAACCAAUUUUCGAUUAAAAAAAAUUUCAAAGAAAAACUUGAAAUUUUUUUUUUUGAAAUUUCGAAAAUUGACAGAAAAAAACAAUAGAAAAAAGAAAAGUUUCGAAUUUUAUUCCAACGAAAGAAUUCAUUGAGUGAAGUGAUCAAACAGUAAACAACAAUUUGAAACAGAGACAACAAAGAUUGAAACAGUAGAAGAAAAGAAACGAUUGAACGAAAAAAAAAAGUUGGUUGUUUUGAAAAGUGUUCUCGCUGUGGGAGUAUUUGAUUGUGUUGGUGUAUUCGUUUCUUUUUUUUUGUUGUGCAUCAUACACGAACGAAGCGAUCAACGACGAGAGAAUUAAGUAAAAAAGCAAAAUCCGAGAGCACGACAUCGACGUUCGAAUUGUUUUUUUUUUUCUCGAACGACGAGAGAAGCAAAAAUCGUAAUCAAAUACACAAAGAGUCAGGCUAUACACAUAUAAACGCGACGAAGAAGACGACGACGACGAAAAGAGAAUCAUCAUAAAAUACGAUCUUUAUGAAAAUAUUUAAAGUUUACGGCCGGGCCGAACACAGCUACAUCGAUCUUGCAUUUCAUUGUGUGCAUAUGACAAACAAAGCGAGGAUUUUUUUUUCUCGGUGUGUGAAUACAUAAUCAAAACGAACGCGAGAGUUAAAAAAAGAACGUUGUGUGUUGUUGAUGUUGGUUGGUGUUAGUACGAGGAACACGUCGAUAUCAAUUCACCCGACGUCAUUAUCACGUUCUUCGAAAAUCACACCAGAAAGAAGCCGAGAGAGAGAGCAAAAGGCGAAGAGAACAAGAGACGAAGAGAGCAAAAGGCGAAGAGAACAAGAGAGAAAAGGCAAUUGAGAGUGGAAUAAAGACAAAGUGAGAGAGCAUCAAGAGUUAGAAGAUAUAUCAACGCAAACACACACGCCCGUAGCGAACAAGAGAGAAAAUAGUGAAUAAUCUGCUGCGGAAUCGUACGCAACAAUUAGAUACUCUCGCAAUUCCACACACGGGCCUCAACUACAACAACAAUAGUGAAACGAGAGCCAGAGCCGAACAACAGAAAAAAAAGAGUAACGAGCGCACGAGCGAAAUACGAACAACAAAACUGACAACAGCGCUAAGAGCCAAACCGAUACAGUGAAACGUUCGCCGCUUCACUCUCGCACCAUACAACGAACGACAACGACGACGACGACAACGUCGUCGGAAUAUCAUUAUAUUCAAACUUAUCGAAAUCCCCGUACACACAACGACCGAGCCGCGAGAGAGCAGACAUUUUGUUUUUCCAUUUGUAAUGCGACGUCGUGUAUUUAGCUACUACGUUUUGUCAUAUAGAACGUGUGUUGUCAUCGCAGAUAAAUAAAAAGGAAAAGAAAAAAAAAUUUAUUAAUAAUAUUUCAACUGAUCUUUCACCCAAAUUCGUUUGUUUCCAUCGCACAAUUUGCAAACAAAGUGAAUAAUAUCGAUUGAAUUGAGUUUUUACCAUACGAAAAAAAAGCGAAUACGUAAAUAAGUGUAUUGAUCGGGUUAUAUGUCGACCACGAUCACUUCAUAACAUUUUUUUUUCUCUCAAUCCCACCGAACGUGAGUGUUCACCAUACGAAAAUAUUGUGCAAAAAAAAAGAAGAAAUUCGAUAGAUAAAACUUGAAAACCACCGAAAAACUGUAAAAAAAAGUGAUAAAAACCGGAGAAAUUGUAAAAAAGACGCAAAAUUGUUGAUGACAAAGUAACCCAUUCAAAAAGAAAGUUGUGUGUAAAGGGAAAAAAAAGUGCCGCACAAAUAAUUCAUUAAAAUAUUGUACGGUUGCGUUUUUUUUGUCAUUGCGGCCACCAAGCUUUGUUUAUAAUCAACCAAUCGAGACGCUGAAAAAACACUCGAUUUUGUUUUUAUUUCUCAUCGAAAUACUAUAGACGAAAGCAUAAAACGUAAAAGCAAAGCGAGAGGAGAAGAGAAAAAAAAACGAACGGGACACAUUUCCAAAACGACCAAAUAAUAAACAAAUCAAAAAUUGUGUCAUUGAACGUGUGUGCACGGCCCGUGUGUAUUCUAUCCGUAUUCGCAUUCGCAACACCGUUUUGUUUGCACCGUGCACAGAAACAAAGAAAAAAAAACGAGAGAGAGAGAGAGAGAGAGAGAGAGCAGAACUUGACGAAUUUAGAACGUCUUAAAUUUAUAUCGCACCCAACCGCGACAGCAUUGAAUCAAUAUUUUGUGUUUUAUUGCGACGAACCAACGAGAGAGACAGAGAAAGGGCGAUUGUUGUUUGUAUGCGUGACAAAAAAUAAAUCUCUGUUGCUUUUUAUUCCCUUCGCGUAAGCUAACGGAACAAACGAAAUUGUUGCGCAGCAAUUCCAAGCAUAGUCAAUGAAUUGAAACAAUACGUUCGCAAUAAAAAAAGCAAAAUAAACAUUUUUGUUCGUGGAAAUUUUCGUUUGCAAUUGAAAAAAAUCGAAUUAAUUCAUUGAAAGAGAACAAGAGAAGUGAGAUAUCCAACAGCGCACAACCGCAUCCAUUUAUCAUAUAUGCAACAGAUAACAAAAUGAGUGUAUCGAUAUUCAAUACAUUUCACUACGACAACGAAUUUAGUGUACUGAAAUUCAACGAUAGCAAAAUGCACAACACAAUGCCACGGGCCAAACUCGAUCAUGUUCGACGCAAUCUAUUCGGGCCGGUCGAUCGAAAGGAGUGCAGCCGUUUUGCGGAGGAAGAGCUGGCAAAGCAUCAGAUGUCGUCUAGCCAGAAGUGGGGCUUUGAUUUUGUGCGUGGUUGCCCAUUGGAAGACACAAAGCUGUUCAUGUGGGAACGUGUGCCACCAACAAAUGAAAUACCGGAAAUGUAUGCAUUGAGCCGAGCCGCCCAUAUUCGUCCUAUCGAUCCCACGGAUCGUACACCAUCAAAGAAACGACGCCAUCAGCGACGCGACUCCUUCCUUGACCUCUAUGACGAAUUGGCCGAUCAAUCGAAUCGAUAUGUAGACACCAGCAAACUGGACUUAUCGUUCGAAGACGUUGAUGGUGGUCAUACAUCAGCAUCGUCAUGUGAUGAAGACUCAUUCGAAGAGGAGGACAAUAAUAUGCUGUGCGACUUAAAUUGGAUGCCAUCCACAUCGAAAAUACCAGCCUUAGACACAAACAUCACAUCAAACAUUCGCCCGGCAAACAAAACUCCACCCACACCAGCGUCAAAUCACGUUGAAGAGUUGAUCGUUGCACCGCGUCCAAGUUGUGAUACUAGCUGUAGUAGUGAUAAAACCACAAUUAGCAAUUCUAGUAAAUCAUGUACCGACACCAGCAGCACCACCGCCUCGACCGGUGGUCGAAUUUUGCGGAACAGCCCACGAAUACGCGAGAAGCGACAACGCAAAAUGACAGAUUUCCUAAAGGAGCGCAAACGUUUGCAGCCAGCGCUGAAGAAGAUAUCACCGAAAAAAGCGCGCACUUCACCGUCGAGCAGCGGCACAAUAUUAUCACACUUCCGACAAACAUCGCACUAGAUUCGAUGCUCAUGGGAGAUGAAUGCCGUGGCCGAAACAAAAGCAGCAGCAACAACAACGAUUUUGGCGCACAAAACGACUCAUAAUACACAUUUCGAUUACGAAAUUAUCGCAAGGCACAUAUUUAAACAAACACACCCAUACACAUACACAAAAUAGGCUUAAAAUGGUUAAGUGGCGCAAUUUAGAAUUUGUUUGCGAUAGAAAACAACGCGAAACAACAACAACAACAACAGUAACAACCUUAAUCUAGUUAGUAAUUAAGUAGACAACGUUUCGGCUUUUCUCCCCCUCCAAAUUCAGAUUGAGUGUGUUGAACACGUAUUAUUUAGUGUAGACUUUUGAGUAGAACUUAGACACACUAGUUUUUUUCUUCCUUUCAUCUUAUUUGUUUUCUUUUAAAAAAACAAUCAAGAGCUUAAGUAGUUUGCUCUUGCACGCGAAUCAAUUCUCUUGGGCUUAGAUAAUACUUUUUUUGCUCGUAGAACAAAACGCAACCCGAACAUAGAUCAUCCAUCUAUGAGCAUUGGAAUGUCAGCGAUGAAAUUGAUUUCAUACAAUCAUUUUAUGUUUUUUAUUUCAUUUUAUGUUCGGCCGGCUUUAAUUUAUACACAAUUAGCUGUUUAAGAAUAAACCGUUUACAAACAUGAUACCGUCAGUAACAUGAUAGCCGUUUGUUUACAAUAAUACACCGGACACAAACAGUGCUUGUCAAACACCAACUUUUCGAUAGUAAACAUAACAAAUCAACUCCAUUGAGUCAAUUUUUUGCGCGAGUGUAGAAUUUAUGCUUAAGUGCUGCUACUGCUGCGAAAUCGAAUCGACCUCAAUUUUUUUUUUUUCAAAUGAAAUCGCAUUUGUUUCAGUCAUUCGGGUUUCGUUUAAUUUGGUGCACUUAAAUAUAGAACCUACACGCUUCUGGAACAUCAGCGACUAGAUCGGUAGAUAAACUUGAAAUCACUCAACAAUUGAUCUACUUGCCGUUGUUCCAAGAAAAAUACGCAAACUUAUGUCAGUUUUAUGUGCUUAUUUGCAAUGGAAAUACCAGUGGAAUAACACAGUGGCACAACAGAGCCAAAACCAGUGGUGCAAAAGUGUACCAGUGAUAUACUUACCACUUUUAAUUGCUUCGAAGUUUCCAGAUGUGGUUCGGAAUGCCACAUAAAACUCACAUCUCAUUUGUUGCAUCGAAUGAUUGUUCAUAUCGAAAUAACGACGUGUUUAUAUCAGCCUUGGUCAUAUGAACAGUGUCCGUUGAACACAGGCACAUUAUCAUGUGAAAAAGACGCAAUCAUAUGACAAAUAUGCAUUCAUAUAUAAACAAUAGCUCUUCACUUCAUGUAGUGCUAAAAAGGACGCAUUUCGCUAUGAAACAACACGAUUUUUGACGAAAAAAUUGACACUCUGGAGUUGUUGUUUUUUUCACAUAAAACUGAUUUAGAAAAAGAAACGUUUUGUAGAAGAAAAAUUUCGGUUCGUGUAAGCAAGCGAUGAAAAAAAGAAUCAACAAAAAAUACUGAAAAAAUCCGACGAAAUGCGUUGCAAUUGGUUAUUGAGUUGAACGACUCCGAUCGAUGAUCAUGUGUGCCCUCGAUUUGGAAGAGAAAAAUGGGAAAGAAUGGAAAAAUAAUUAAAAAAUUGAAAAAAUUAAAAAGUUUAACGAAAAAAAAAAUGAAAGAAAAAACAUUUUGAAGCCAUCAAAGACCUUUUAUUUCGAAUGUCAUCAACAAACACACAUUGGUCAAGUAGUUGAUGGGAAAUGCAUUGAUCGGAAAGAGAUCAAACGGUACACUUUUUGAAUGAGCUUCACCAAUGAGCUUCACUUGAAAGAGAAGUCUGAAUCUUAUGAGAGGAAUUGAAAGAGUGAAUAACAAUCAACGCUCAAAGCCCAAAAUACCGGUGUACGCACAUUUCAAUAUUCAUUUCGCACGCACAUUUUGUCUGGAUUUUUUGAUCUCAUAUUUUGUUCAUUGCUUUUUAGUAGAGCGAAGAGAAAACAAACAAACAAAUAAAACGAAAAAUAUUUUAAGCAAAUAUUUUUUUUUAUAUUAAAUUACAAAUCUAUAUAUCUAUAUAUAUUCGUCUUAUAUAUUUAAAAAGCAUGUAACUUAAUUUAUAGAGAAAAUGCAACAAGCUUAAGAAAUAAAAACAAAA